AUGGCAGCUUGGGCCGCCGUCAGCCUGAGCAGGGUCGCUGCCCGGUGCUUGCUGGGGGCGCGAGGCCCCGGGGUACAGGCGGCACUUCCGCCCACCCUCGCGGCUUCCCAGCCUGAGCCCACAGGCUGUACCCCCACUCUGGGCAGGACGCUGCACCUCACCGCGGCGGUACCCGCCGGGCACAACAAGUGGUCCAAAGUCCGGCAUAUCAAGGGUCCCAAGGACGCCGAAAGGAGUCGCAUCUUCUCCAAGCUCUGUUUGAGCAUCCGCCUGGCAGUUAAAGAAGGAGGCCCUGACCCUGAGCACAACAGCAGUCUGGCCAACAUCUUAGAGGUGUGUCGCAGCAAGCACAUGCCCAAGUCAACGAUUGAGGCAUCGCUGAAAAUGGGGAAAACCAAGGAUGUUUAUUUGCUGUAUGAGGGCCGAGGCCCUGGUGGCUCUUCUUUGCUCAUUGAGGCAUUAUCUAACAGUGGCUCCAAGUGCUAUUCAGACAUCAGACAUAUCCUGAACAAGAAUGGGGGAAUGAUGGCUGAUGGAGCUCGCCACUCUUUUGACAAAAAGGGGGUGAUCGUGGUUGGAGUGGAGGACAGAGAGAAGAAAGCUGUGAAUCUAGAGCGUGCCCUGGAGCUGGCAAUUGAAGCAGGAGCUGAAGAUGUUAAGGAAACUGAAGAUGAAGAGGAAAAGAACAUUUUUAAAUUUAUUUGUGAUGCCUCUUCACUGCAUCAAGUGAGGAAGAAGCUGGACUCCCUGGGCUUGUAUUCGGUGUCCUGUUCACUAGAAUUCAUCCCCAACGCAAAGGUGCAGCUCGCUGACCCCGACCUGGAGCAGGCCGCCCUUCUCAUCCAGGCUCUUGGCAGCCAUGAGGACGUGAUCCAGGUCUAUGACAACAUUGAGUAACCAGGCUCUGUGUGCCCCCCGGGGGCCUUCCUAGGCAACUGGCAGCUCAUUCUGGAGCACAGGCUUCUGCAGCGACUCUGAGACUGAAGCAGAUUGGAGGCCUAGCAGGUUAGGAGGCAUAAAACCA